AUGGACAGGGACAAUGCAGAAGCCUCUGAGCAGCAGCAGGCAGAGGCGCAUCGGUCGGCAGUGGAUGAUUCCGCUGGAGCAGAGGCAGACCAGGCAGAUGAUUUGUAUGCCAACUAUGUUCCUCAGAAGGUCACUGAAGGCAUCCCGCAUCCUGAUCCCGUGGUGGAAACCGCAUCACUUGCAGAGGUUGUGCCCCCGGAUUUCACUUACAAGCAUGGUCUGCAGAAACAAGUUUCAGAGGGCUCCAUCAGCUCUCUCCAACUGGAGUCUGUUAUCUAUGCCUUUGAAAAGUUUGAAAACGCUCCCCGCUUGGCCAACGGAGAUCGUCAGGGGUACUUCAUUGGGGACGGCGCCGGGGUCGGCAAAGGCAGACAAAUAGCAGCCAUCAUUGCGGAGUACAUGAGAAUUGUGGGACCUUCAGGACGUGUACUAUGGACGAGCACAUCUACUGAUCUCAAAUGGGACGCGCAGAGAGACCUUGAAGAUCUGGGCCUCAACAUCCGACUAUACCCCGAAGGAACAAGCGUGCUACCCAAGGCAAGCCUAAGGCUAAGCGCAAAUGGCAUCGGGAAUGGAGUGCUGUUCGUGACAUACAGUUUGCUUGUCUCAAGCGAUGGCAUCGCCAGUUCACGACGAGAGCAGAUUGUGGAGUGGCUCAUGGGCAAUGAAACGCAUGAGGAGGCCGGACCUUUGAUUGUACUUGAUGAAUCACACAAGUCAAAGCACCUCGUCCCCAAAAACGGGAAGCCAACAAAGACGGCACUGGCAGUUGUGGCGCUCCAGAAUGCACUGCCCAGUGCCCGCAUCCUAUAUGUGUCGGCCACAGGGGCAUCCGAGCCAGAGAACUUGGGGUACAUGGUGCGGCUUGACAUGAUGAGGGGGUUUUCGGAUUUUCCCGAUUUCUUGGAUACGAUCAAGAGGGCUGGUUUCGGAGCCAUGGAGAUGUUUUCGAUGGGGCUCAAGGCACUGGGAGCUUAUGUCAAUCGAACUCUGAGCUACGACGGCGCUGAGUUUGAGGUUGCUGACGUCAACAUACCCCCUGACCUGGAAGUGAUGUACGACAGGGCUGCAGGCUUUUGGCAGCUCUUGUUCAGGACGAUGAAGUCCGCCAAGGCUGCAGGGGCCAACGUUCCAAAACACAGCUGGGCGAAGUUCUGGUCGGAGCAUAUGCGGUUCUUUCGGCAGAUGCUGAUUGCUGCAAAAAUACCUGAACUCGCUGCGAUCGCCCAGAAAGCUGUGGAAGAAGACAACAUGGCAGUCGUGGUCGGUCUGCAGUCAACAGGAGAGGCGGCGAUGACAAGACAGCAAGAGGAACUUGGAAGCGAACAGGACGAGUUCGUCUCCCCACCGAAGAAGAUUCUGAUGGAGCUCAUUGAGAACACCUUUCCAGUCUAUGCCCAGAGCAUGGAGUCUUACGAGCUGCAAGCUUUAGAGUUCAAGGUUCGCGAGUGCCGGAACGCGUACCGAGAUCUCCCUAACGCAGCGGCUGCUGGACGGGCUAGAGCUACCAGGGCGCGUCAAGCUGCCGAAGAAAACGACGAGGACGACGGGCUUGAGGUCCUGGCUGCAAAGACCUUUGACGAGGUUGAGGCGGACAAGCUUGCCAAAGCCAAGCUCACCGGCGCGUUUCUGGAUCUAGACGAUCACGUCGAUCAGGAGGAGAUCAACCGCAUGGACAAGGAGACGAAGAAGGUCAAGAAGGAGGCCGCCAAGAAGGAGGCCGCCGUCCUGAAAAAGAUAGAGCAGGACCAAUAUGAUGCCCGCCGCAAGCAGAAGGAGGAGACGCGCAGAAAGCUCCAGCAGCAAGCGGAGUUGGAGCGGAAGAAGGAGCUUGAGGAGGAGAAGGCGUCCUGGGACGGUGAACCUUGCCAGAUCUGCAAGAUUGACACGGGAGACGAGAUGAUUUGUGACGGAUGCGAGAAGCCGUACCACAAAGGCUGCCUAACACCUCCCCUGGAAGAGGUCCCGGAAGGAGACUGGUUCUGCGCUGAGUGCCAGCAGAACGGGCGCACCAGCCCUGGCAACAAGUCCGCCGGCACCGCAAGCCCGUCGAUUGUUGCGGCCACCGACGUCGAAGACGAGCUCGAGGACGAGGACGAGGGAGACUUCAAAACGCCGGCGAAGGGCCGGGCGCAGAAGCGGAAGGCAGCGGGCAAGGGGGUCGUGGACCUGUCUGACUCAGAGGACGACUACCAGGCCAGCGCCAGCGAGAGCGAGAGCGACGAUGACGAGGAUGACGACAGCGACAGCGACCUCGAGUUCGAUUGGCGGCAGGAGAAGGCGGUGGCGGACAAGAAGGGCAAGGGGAAAGCGGCGGCGCCGAAGUUCAAAAGAGCAAAGACUGCUUCUCCAAAGGACGACUCCGACUCUGACAUGGAGAUGUUGGCGGCUCCACCACCUGUUCGGGUCAAGGCGGAAGGCGAGAAGAAGCCGGCCAUCGUCAAGCCCAAGCCCCCUACUCGCAGAAAGAAGGCCGUGGACAUCCCCGAGAGUGACGAUGAAGAGAUCGACGACGCGGGCGCCGGAGAUGAUCAGUAUUAUCACAACGCGAGACUGGAGCGCGUGCAGAGACUUCUCAAGCAGAUCGUUGAGCUGCUGGAGCUCCCCCCCAACCCGCUGGACGACUUGAAGGCGCGACUCGGGGGGCCCGACGCUGUGGCCGAGAUGACGGGACGUGCGUCUCAUCAGGUCCGGACAGAGGACGGGAGCGUCGUCAUCGAGAAUCGCAACAAGCACUGCGCCCUCAAGAUGUUGAACAUCAACGAGAAGAACGCCUUCAUGGCCGGAGAGAAGCUGUACGCGAUCAUCUCGGAAGCGGCGUCCACGGGUAUUUCGCUGCAAGCAGACAAGCGGGUGGAGAACACAAGACGUCGGCUGCACGUGACCCUGGAGCUGCCAUGGUCGGCAGAGAAGGCGAUCCAGCAAUUUGGACGAACGCAUCGCUCGAACCAGGCGUCGGCCCCAGUCUAUCGGAUCAUGGUGACGAACUGCGGGGGUGAGAAGCGGUUCGCUUCCGCGGCCGCCAAGCGUCUACAGAGUCUGGGAGCGCUUCUCAAGGGCGACCGUCGAGCACUCGGUGCGGGCGUGGACCUCAAGAACUUCGACAUCGACAACAAGUACGGAAAGGAUGCCCUCGCAAAAGUUUACGCCGUCAUCACGGACGGAGUCCUGCCUAUGCCGACGACCACUAUGCCCACACUCCCUAGCGGCGAGGACUUCCGGACGCACGCCAAGAACCUCCUCCAAGCUGUUGGGCUGCUGGAAGAUUCGCGAUAUGGAAACCGCGUCAAGCCCGCCCUCCUGAGAAAGGUCGACAAGUUCCUCAACCGGCUGCUGGGGAUGGCUCUCCAGGAUCAAGAGGUCCUGUUCAAUUUUUUCUCAGACACCUUCGACGCAGUGGUCCGCCAGGAGAAGAGCAAGGGGCAGUUCGACGACGGCAUCGUGUCCGUCAGCGCGGAGAGCACCAAGGUGGUCGAUACCACAAUCCUGCACAAGGACCCGGGCUCCGGAGCGCUGACCAAGCUGGUGGCCCUCGAGCUGGACCGGGGCGUCUCAUGGGAGGCUGCCGAGGCCAAGUUCCAGACCUACCUGCAAUCCGACUACGCCGUGGAUACGCCGAAAAACAGCUACUACAUCGGCGACUGGAGCUCGAACAUCGGAGGAACGGGUCACCCUUUCGUCAUCCUGGCCAUGGAGCAGCGCAAGGAAUAUCGGCGACAAUGCAAGUACUACCGCAUCAUCCGCCCUCACAACAACUGCGCCCCUGCAAUCACCGAAGGAGAUCUCGUCAAGUACAAAAAGGUCUCCAAAGAGAGGGCGGAGAAGCACUGGAAGUUCUGGUACGCACACUGCCUCCAAGGCUGCCUCCAUGGGCUCGGCUGCGUACGGAAGUCCCGGGGCGAGUUCUGCAACUACGGCACCCGCUUGGAGCAGAUCCACGUCCUAACAGGCGCUGUGCUCCCUAUCUGGAAGGACUACAACGACGUCGUCCUGCGGACCCACCACGCAACGGACUACAAGGUGCGGCUGGUUCGAGCGCAGGUCGACUCGGGCGAGCGCAUCGUCGGCCUGUCUGCCAACGACCGGGAGGUUGACCGCUUGAUGGAGCACCUGACAGAGAAGGGCGAGCUGUACGACAACGUGUUGGGCGGCCUGCAAUGAGUGUCUGUCGCAUCACUGCCAAAUUGAUGAGCUGAUGAUAUCGAGUCUAGAAACGAUAUGUUGCUAAGGUUUAGUCUGACAAAGCGAGUAGCAGCUAUCCAAAAAAGGUUCCGAGAUUUCGUGGCCGUCGUAGAGUUAUAUUGAAAGCUGAAAAGUGCGGUCUGAAAACGUCAAAGCAAAUACCGCUACAAAUAAUGGCGGCUGUUGCAGAGUUCUUGCCAGAAAGGAAAAGGAAGUCGUCUGAUGAUCUGAAGGAAUUAAAAGCUAUCUGGUCGUUACGACGGCCUGUGCUGGGUAUCUAUCUUGUCUGUCCACUGUUGUAGCCACUCGCUGUCACCAG